UCAAAGCCACUGGAUCCCCACUGCUCACUCCGCCGGAGGCGACCCGACCGCUCGUCCAAUACGGCGAUGGCGCCAUUGCCGUAUCUCCUCCUCAUCCUCGUGCUCUUCCGGCCAGCGGCUUCGCCCGGCGCCGCCUCCGUGCCGCCGCCCUCGCACCCUCCCCCUCCUCCGCUGCUGCCUCAGAAGCUGCAGGUUUGGCCCAAGCCGACGUCAAUCUCGUGGCAGUCCCCGGUGUACGCGCCGCUCUCGCCGUCGUUCAGCAUCCGCGCCGUGCCGUCGCACCCGUCGCUCCGCCACGCCAUAGCCUUCUACACCAGCCUCAUCCGCGCCGAGCGCCAUGUGCCGCUGGUGCCCCCAGCCAACUACACCCUGGCCCGCGCCCCCAUCCGCCUCCUCGCGCUCUCCGUCUCCGACCCCGAAGUCCCGCUCGGCCCCGGCGUCGACGAGUCCUACACGCUCUCCGUGCUCCCGGACUCCGGAUCGGCUGAUAUCUCCGCCGCCACUUCCUGGGGCGCCAUCCGUGGCCUCGAGACAUUCUCCCAGCUCGCCUGGGCGGGCGGCGGCGCCGCCACCGGAGGCCAGCCGAUCGUCCCCAGCGGCAUCGAGAUCUCUGACCGCCCCCACUUCACCCACCGCGGCAUCCUCCUCGACACCGCCCGGAAUUACUACCCGGUCCGCGACAUCCUCCACACCCUCCGCGCCAUGGCCUUCAACAAGCUCAACGUCUUCCACUGGCACAUCACCGACGCCCAAUCCUUCCCCAUCGUUCUCCCCACGGUCCCCAACCUCGCCAACCUCGGCUCCUAUUCCCCCACCAUGCGCUACACCGACAACGACGUCCGCCGCGUCGUCAGCUUCGCUGCGUCCUUCGGCAUCCGCGUCAUCCCCGAGAUCGACAUGCCCGGGCACACGGGUUCGUGGGCGGGAGCGUACCCGGAGAUCGUCACCUGCGCGAACAAGUUCUGGGCGCCGAGGGCGAAGCCGGCGCUGGCGGCGGAGCCCGGCACGGGGCAGCUGAACCCGCUCAACCCCAAGACGUACCGCAUCGCGCAGGACGUGCUGCGCGACCUGGUGGCCUUGUUCCCGGACCCAUACCUCCACGGCGGCGCCGAUGAGGUGAACACGGCGUGCUGGGAGGACGACCCGGUGGUGCGCCGGUUCCUCGGGGAAGGCGGCACGCACGACCAUCUCCUGGAGUUGUUCAUCAACGCGACGCGGCCGUUCCUGGUGCAGGAGUUGAACCGCACGGUGGUCUACUGGGAGGACGUCCUCCUCGGGCCCAAGGUGACCGUCGGGCCGACGAUUCUGCCGAAGGAGACCACCAUACUGCAGACGUGGAACAACGGGCCGGAGAACACGAAGCGCGUCGUCGCCGCGGGGUACCGCGCCAUCGUGUCGUCGGCGUCGUACUACUACCUGGACUGCGGGCACGGCGGGUGGGUGGGCAACGACAGCCGGUACGACAAGCAGGAGAAGGAGCGCGAGGGCACGCCGCUGUUCAACGACCCCGGGGGCACGGGAGGGUCCUGGUGCGCGCCCUUCAAGACGUGGCAGCGCGUCUACGACUACGACAUCCUGCACGGGCUGACCGACGUCGAGGCCCAGCUGGUGCUGGGCGGGGAGGUGGCGCUGUGGUCGGAGCAGUCGGACGAGACGGUGCUGGACGGCAGGCUGUGGCCGAGGGCCGCCGCCGCCGCGGAGACGCUCUGGUCCGGCAACAAGGGCUCCAACGGCAAGAAGCGGUACGCCAAUGCCACCGAGCGCCUCAACGACUGGAGGCACCGCAUGGUGGAACGCGGCAUCCGCGCCGAGCCCAUCCAGCCGCUCUGUGAUACCUCUCCUGGGCUUGCAAGAGAUGCAUUCAACACGUUCUUCAGCGAGACAGGUUCAGGCAAGCACGUCCCAAGGGCGCUGUUCGUCGACCUGGAGCCCACGGUGAUUGACGAGGUGAAGACGGGGCCAUACCGCCAGCUAUUCCACCCAGAGCAGCUCAUCUCCUACAAGGAAGACGCUGCUAACAACUUUGCUCGUGGACACUACACAGUUGGAAGAGAAGUGGUAGAUCUUUGCCUUGAUCGGCUAAGAAAAUUGGCAGACAACUGCUCUGGUCUCCAAGGUUUUCUGGUUUUCAAUGCUGUUGGUGGAGGAACUGGCUCUGGACUUGGUUCAUUACUCUUGGAGCGCCUAUCAGUAGAUUACGGUAGGAAGUCGAAGCUCGGGUUCACAAUAUAUCCUUCGCCACAGAUCUCUACGGCCGUCGUAGAGCCUUACAACAGCGUGCUCUCUACCCAUUCCCUGAUCGAGCACACCGACGUCGUCGUCCUCCUGGACAACGAGGCCAUCUACGACAUCUCCAAGAGGUCGCUGGGCAUCGAGCGCCCCUCGUACACCAACCUGAACCGGCUCAUCUCGCAGGUGAUAUCGUCGCUGACCACGUCGCUGCGGUUCGACGGCGCGAUCAACGUCGACAUCACCGAGUUCCAGACCAACCUGGUGCCGUACCCGAGGAUACACUUCAUGCUGUCCUCCUACGCGCCCAUCAUCUCCGCCGAGAAGGCGUUCCACGAGCAGCACUCCGUCCCGGAGAUCACCAACUCCGUGUUCGAGCCCGGCAGCGUCAUGGCCAGGUGCGACCCGAGGCACGGCAAGUACAUGGCCUGCUGCCUGAUGUACCGUGGCGACGUCGUGCCCAAGGACGUCAACGCCGCCGUGCACUCGAUCAAGACCAGGAGGACGGUGCAGUUCGUCGACUGGUGUCCGACUGGGUUCAAGUGCGGGAUAAACUACCAGCCGCCGACGGUGGUGCCGGGAGGGGACCUGGCGAAGGUGCGGCGGGCGGUGUGCAUGAUCAGCAACAACACGGCGGUGGCGGAGGUGUUCUCGCGGAUCGACCGCAAGUUCGACCUCAUGUACGCCAAGCGCGCGUUCGUGCACUGGUACGUCGGCGAAGGGAUGGAGGAAGGGGAGUUCUCCGAGGCCCGGGAGGACCUCGCCGCGCUGGAGAAGGACUACGAGGAGGUCGGUGCCGACGUCGAGGACGACGACGAGGAGCAGGGCGAGUACUGAUCGAGCGCGCUGGGUGAAUCUAGCGCGGGAAAUAAGGUUACUUGAUUGGAGUGGUCUCUCGGUCUAUGUUGGAUUUCGUGGGCGAGGUUUGGGUCUGUACUUUGUACCACCACACAAAAUAAAACAAUUCGUAAAUCAAGAUGUGAA